AUGCUGCCACAAACAGCCCUUUUGCUGCUAAUGUUCUUGAACCUGGUUCAUGGAGAAUUUUAUGCUGAGCGAUUCCAAACACCUACAGGCAUAAAAGGCCCACCACCCAACACCAAGACCCAGUUCUUCAUUCCCUAUGCCAUAAAGAGUAAAGGUGUAUCUGUAAGAGGAGAGCAAGGUAUUCCUGGCCCACCAGGCCCCGCUGGACCUCGAGGGCACCCAGGCCCAUCUGGACCACCAGGAAAACCAGGACACGGAAGUCCCGGACCCCAAGGAGAGCCAGGGUUGCCCGGACCACCGGGACCAUCGGCCACUGGGAAGCCGGGUUUGCCAGGACUCCCAGGAAAACCAGGGGAGAAAGGACCAUCUGGACCAAAAGGAGAUAUGGGACCAGCUGGUUUACCAGGACCACGGGGCCCACCAGGGCCACCCGGAAUCCCCGGCCCAGCUGGAAUGACUGUGAGAGGAAAACCCGGACAACAAGGACCUGCAGGAGCCCCGGGACCCAGGGGCUUUCCUGGAGAAAAGGGCACACCGGGAGCACCUGGUGUGCAUGGACAGAAAGGGGAAGCAGGAUACGGUGCUCCUGGACGCCCCGGUGAGAGGGGUCUUCCAGGCCCUCAGGGUCCCAUGGGACCACCUGGCCUUCCUGGAGUGGGAAAAAGAGGUGAAAAUGGGUUUCCAGGACAACCAGGUGCCAAAGGCGAUCGGGGUUUUCCAGGAGAGAGGGGACCAGCUGGCCCACCAGGCCCCCAAGGUCCUCCUGGGGAACGAGGACCCGAAGGCACUGGAAAGCCAGGAGCUACUGGAGCCCCAGGCCAGCCAGGGGUUCCUGGGACAAAAGGUCACCCUGGGGCUCCAGGACUAGCUGGGCCCCCAGGGGCUCGUGGCUUAGGGAAACCAGGGUUGCCAGGCCUGAAGGGACAAAGAGGUCCCAUUGGCCUUCCAGGAAGUCCAGGUGCUAAAGGGGAACAAGGGCCAGCAGGUCAUCCCGGGGAACCAGGUCUAACUGGACCCCCUGGAAAUAUGGGACCCCAAGGACCAAAAGGCAUGCCAGGCAACCAAGGGAUUCCCGGUCCUAAAGGUGAGAUGGGGCCAGUGGGGCCUGUAGGACACCCUGGGACUAAGGGAGAAAGGGGUUCCUCUGGGUUAGAUGGAAAACCAGGGUACCCAGGAGAACCAGGCAGCAGUGGUCCUAAGGGAAACCAAGGGUUACCAGGCCCAAAAGGGGAUUCUGGAGUUCGGGGACCUCCUGGUCUCCCAGGCCCUGUGGGCCCAGCAGGAGCUAAGGGAAUGCCUGGACACAAUGGUGAGACUGGGCCAAGAGGGGCCCCUGGAAUACCAGGAACCAGAGGCCCCAUUGGGCCACCGGGCAUUCCAGGAUUCCCUGGAUCUAAAGGGGAUCCGGGAACUCCAGGUCCUCCUGGCCCAGCGGGCGUAGCAACUAAGGGGCUCAAUGGUCCCACUGGGCCACCAGGGCCUCCAGGUCCGAGAGGCCACACUGGAGAGCCUGGCCUCCCAGGUCCCCCGGGCCCCCCAGGCCCCCCAGGCCAAGCAGCCCCACCUGAGGGCUUCAUAAAGGCAGGCCAAAGGCCUUUUGUUAGUGCCAACCAGGGAGUGACGGGAAUGCCGAUGUCUGCUUUCACUGUUAUUCUCUCCAAAGCUUACCCAGCUGUAGGUAUUCCCAUCCCAUUUGAUAAGAUUUUGUACAACAGGCAACAGCAUUACGACCCCAGAACUGGCAUCUUUACCUGCAGCGUACCAGGGACGUACUAUUUCUCCUACCACGUGCAUGUGAAAGGGACCCACGUGUGGGUGGGCCUGUAUAAGAACGGCGCCCCUGUGAUGUACACCUAUGACGAGUACACCAAAGGCUACCUAGAUCAGGCUUCGGGGAGCGCCGUACUCGAUCUCACGGAGAACGACCAGGUGUGGCUGCAGCUGCCCAACGCUGGCUCGAGCGGGCUCUACUCCUCUGAGUACGUCCACUCCUCUUUCUCAGGGUUCCUGGUGGCCCCUGUGUGA